ACCGCACAAGUCACCCCGACUCUCCCAAUGGAUAUCGACCCUGCUCGACGCAACAAGAAGCCUCGUCUCUUGCUGGAGAAUGAGCGCGAAAAGCUCGACGAGUUUGUGGAUUCCAUCCACUACUCGGCUCGAUACAACGACGACAAGUUUGAAUAUCGCCACGUGCAGCUUCCAAAGAACAUGCUAAAGAAAAUCCCAAAUGAAUACUUUGACAGCGCUAAGGGAACCCUGAAGCUACUCUGGGAGGAAGAAUGGCGCGCGCUUGGUAUCACACAGAGUUUAGGAUGGGAGCACUAUGAGGUGCAUGAGCCAGAGCCUCAUAUCCUCCUGUUCAAGCGCCCUCUGAAUUACCAGCCCCCACUGCAACAAUAA